AUGAUUUCUCUUCAAACAGCACCAACCAUUUGCCAAGAAGUAAUAGCUGGAGUAAGCUUUAGAUAUGUAGCUAUUAGGCCAUUAACUACCCCCAAAACCCUUACGAAAUCUUGUAGAUCUCUGCAAAAUUUUUCUUCAAAUUCAGCUGAAUACACCGGAUCUGUAUCAAUUCGAUGCAAACCAGGCUGCGUUUUCGUCCACAGCGAACUUGAUUUGUGCAAAUGCCAGUCUAUACCGAUUACCGCAGUCAAAACUGAUUUGGAGAAAUUAAGAAGUGGAGCGACUAAUGCCACUCAAAUUGCUGACCUACUCAACCAUUUAAGAACAUUAAACUCCAAAGUCAGGCUUUUCGGUCUUUUAAAACCAAAAAUAAAUGGUCCAAAAUUGUCUUACGAUGAUGCUAUUCAAGCAUUGAAAUAUGGACUACAAAGCCUAGCUGCAAGCGGGGCAGUCAAUCAAAAGUCAUCCGAUAAUAUAGCUAGCUGCAUCAUUGAGAUAGGAAAUGUGAUUCCAGCAACGAAUACCUGUAAUUCUUCGGAUGCGGCGACUGUAGCCAUGAUGGUUAAUGAUGCUACUAGUAAACUCGGAGGUAGAAAAGCUGUUUGUUGUCAAGAUGGAAGUAGUAAUACCAACAGCUGCCCACCCGGCUACGAAGCUUCGCCAUGUAAAUCAAUUCAAGAAGACAGCGUUAUCUGGCCAAGUACACCAAGCGGUGGAGUCGCUAAAUUAUCCAAAUGUAAGACCACCUUUUCACCUCAUCCAGUGGUAGGCAAUUUAACAAGGACAUGUAAGAAAGAUAGCGAUGGGAUAUUUUCAAAUUGGGAAAAUGUCGAUCGAUGUGCUUGCCAAUCUAUUCAUAUUAACUCAAUUCAAGAAAGGUUGAGCCGAAAAUUUGCCAAAAAUUAUACGUUGGCUUAUCUAAAUCAAUUGGCCUCAUUUUUGUACGAGAAAUGGGAUGUAGUACCUAACAGACCGCGCCCAAUUUCAGUUCUAGGCCAAAUAUUCAAUAUACAGAAGCGAAGGCAACUUUCAGAUGCAACCUAUGCAGCCUAUAUGAAUGUAACUGCGUGUCUACUAAAUACUGCUAAUGCUUUAAUCAUAAAUACCUUGAAUGGAAAUUCUGAAUGCCGAAUCGAUGAAGUGCAAAGGCGCCAUUUGCGCAUUUUAUUCUACCAGUUAGCAAGCAAUUUGAAAAGCCCAAGCUUUGUUAACCAAAGAUUAGGCAGUCAAGAAGAAUUCACCAACGUCAACUAUGAUACAUCCUCUGUCUAUAACGAAAUAAUCCAAAAUAUAAAUUAUAACUGCGUUGUAGUCGGCGCAGUUGUUCCACCAGCCUUCCUCAAUGAUACGAUUUUAUAUAAUGUUUUAGGUAUUGAUGUUAUCGGUAUUGGCUCAAAUACUGUAGCACCAACCGAAAAUAUCACAUAUAUCGGCAAUAAUACCAAUAUUACCAAUACCAGCUUUCCUCCUAGUCAACCAAUUGAUGUUCACGCUCCAAUUUUGUCCAUCAUCACUAUCGUAGGAUUAUCCUUUUCCACUGUAUGCUUGGUGUUGUUGGUGGCAUGUCUGAUCUUCUUAAGAUUGCCUAGAACAAGGAAAUGGUAUAUCCAUGGCAAUCUCAUUGCUGCAGUCAUCUCCUCCAAUGUAAUUUUCCUAUUUGGCGCCGAUAGGAGAUACGUUGCUAAUAAUGUUGCUUGCACAGCUAUUGCUGUAAUUCUACAUUACCUAUUCACUGCAGUUUUCACUUGGCAGCUAGCGGAAGGUGUUCAUUUAUAUCGUUUAUUGGUAACUAUAUUUAUCAAGAGUGGGCGUUUGUGGAUAGUUAUUUACACCGUUAUUGGAUGGAUUGUUCCUGCUGUUAUUGUUGGCAUAACUGCUGGUGUUGCACCACAUGCUUAUGGUGGUGUCGAUGCUUGCUUCCUAACAAGUAAUUUUAUCUGGUUCUUCUUGGGUCCAAUGGCAUUUGUUGUUACAAUCAACGUCGUCAUCUUUUGCAUACUCAUUUAUAUUAUCCAUAAAAAAUCUAACUUUACUAAUAAAGUUUCUAAUCAAGAGCUUAAUAAAAGACAAGUUCUAAAGAAUGAUCUUCGUCGAGCAUUUGCGCUAUUACCUUUACUUGGAAUUUGUUGGAUUUUUAUCUUCUUUGUUCAACUCAGACAUCCUAUUCCACGUUAUUUGUUUACAAUCUUACUAAGCUUCCAAGGUGUCUUUGUUUUCGUAUUUCACUGCAUAUUUGACCAACAGAUUAUGGAAGCGCUUCGAAACCGCAACUUCAGAUUCUGUGGUUCUUCGAAACGAUAUACCAGCAGUAAUUCAGCGAAAAAGAAUAUCAAUUCCCCUUCACUUGGCAGAUCCAGAGGAAUGGAAAGAAUCUUAACUCAUACAGUUAUUGAAUAUUAUACCAUCUACGAUAUGUUAAAUCUCUAA